CCAAAUUUCAAUCAGUUGCUCCACAAUCUCCAAUACAAAAUGUUGCAGAAAAUCGCGGUUGCCAUAACGUUACUCUCCCUAUUGACCGUCGCCGCCGGCUUCGAAUCCGACUACCGCAAGUAUUUGCGGACGCGCGCUCCACGGCUUCACGGCGAAGUGCACGUUGAAGAAGUGCUCGAAGUGUUCAAAUCCGGUGAUCGCCCACCCCGAUACGGUGUCUACAAUCAGGAAGUCAACGCAUUCCUAGCGAACGAUUAUCUCCAGAAGCGCAGACGCACGACGACCACUACAACCACGACAACUACGAAGGCCCCACAUGUAACGAACCGUCCAACCUAUCCGGUGCCCAACGGAGACAACAAGAAUCCGGACUAUACGGAACUUUUGCGUCCGACCAUCUCCAUGACCAAGUAUCCCGUUCCUUUGGCGCAAACUUUCAUCAUUCAGGAAGCGAGAGCGGCUUUGAACCAGGCGAAAGUGGAGCCCACAGAUCAGUUGGCAAGCGUAGCGAAAAAAGCCGACGCGGUCGACUAUCAGUACUCGAACGAGGAGGACUAUCUUGAGUCGUAGAUGCGAUGGAAGGUUCUAUCCCAAGGACUGUGGAUCGAUCGUCGAUGUAAUGAAUUACUGAAUCAUUUAAGUGUGAAACUUAUGCCUUUAGUUUGAUAAGUGUACCGUGAUGUGUAUUGUGCCAGUCAACCACUUGAGUUGUAAUGAAUGAUGUGCUUAAUGUUUAAUAAACCAAUCUGAACAGGAA